UUGUCAUUCAUACACGCCCACAGAACAUAACAAAACGACUGGUGGUCUUAUAUACAAUUGAACGUUCUACCAACUAACCGAUCAAACAACCAACCAACCAACAACAAGUGUUAAUAAAGAUCAUUGAAGUUUAUGCAGAGAUUUUUACAUUAUUGUGCACAUUCAAGAUCAUUCAUGUCAUAAAUGUUGUUCUUUGUUUUUUUAUGUCACCAACAACUACAAUUAUUAUCCGCAGACGGUCCAAUCCGAAAAUGUGUAUGCAAGUAAGUAGCAUCUGUUCAUAAAAGGUGCAACUAGUAAAACUAAACAGGUAGACUAAAGGAUUAGUUAAAAUGCAAAUCAGUAGAUAGACAGACCGACAUACAUACUGUAUGUCUGUAUUGUAAAACUAACAAUAAAUGCCUAAAAUACCUGUUAGCUUAGAAAAAGGACAGGUUGCUAGUUAGUUAUAACAGCAAGAGGAGUGUUAGUGUUUUUGCUAUAUAAACUAGGCAUUUGAAUGAAUAGAGCACAGUUCAAUUUAGAACAUCUUCGAGAGUAAAUUAAAAUUAAAUACAAAUAACCAAACAUGACUUUGCAAGAAAUCUUAGAUAAAAAUCUAUCUGCAGCUGAUUCGAAAAUGGCACAUUAUAUAGGCUUUGAUUUGCGUAUAGAUUUACUUGUACAACGGCAGUCACAAAGUACAUCCAUGUUUGAACGUCUAAAAGUUAUUAUCGAUCAAAUAACGGAAAAUUCCAAAACACAUUCCAUGGAGGAAGAGCAAAUAUCACCCAAAGUUCCGGCCUUUUUAGCGGAUCAUAAUUAUGCCUUUUCCAAUACGUCGUCGGGUAUAUCUUCAGCAUCUUCAUCGCCACCGCUACCACUAUCCUCCUCCUCUGCAUCGCCAUCGUCUUCCUCUUCCGGCGAAAAAGAAAACUCGAGAUUUAAGAGAUGCCUUAAAGUUUCAGCUAAACGCAAAAUAAUUGAUGACGAUCAAGAAUUUUCGGUUGAUGAUGAGGACAUGGCAUUACCGGAGGAGGAGCAAAGCCAGCAAUAUCCUCAACAAGUUGAUGAAAACAUUAUUUUGGGCCCAAAUGGCACACAAGUUGAUGUGCUUUCCUACAACAGUAUCAUUUGGUCCUCAGCUGCUUCGGCCACACGCCAACUUUUGGGUUUUGUUUUUAGUAGUGAUGUUUUGGCUACACACACUUUAACCGGCAAACCAUCACCCGCCUUUUAUGGCCGCGAAAGACCGGCAAAAAUGCAAUUAGAUCCCAUUAAGGCAGCUGAUAUCAUACACUGCGUACGCUCCAAGUUCAAGUGUACCGAACGUGAAAUUAGAGCAGCCAUCACUACUAAAUGUUCGGAUACUUCGAAAAAGUACAAGAGACGUCAUCAAAAACAGUUGGAAUGUUCACAAGUUAUGAAUUAGUUAGAAUUUAAACGGUAAUAUGGAGGAAUUCAAUUCAAUACACUUUUGUAAAUAUGUAUUUUAAUGUUAAGUUAUGUUUUUUUUUUACUGUGUGAUUUUUUUAAUAAAAAAAA